CAUUCAUGCUACGACCCUCACCAUACCAAUUACUACUUAAAAACAGUCCUUGCUUUUCACUUUGCUUCAGUGCUUCUUCUGCCCAAAUCCAAACCUCGCAGUUCUUCAUCAUUUCAUACUCCAAUUCAUCAUUCAGAAACCUAUCUCUCCUUCACAAUCAUUUUCCGCCCUUUCGUAUAUCCACAAUGUCCAACUGCACUGUUUCUUCUUCCAACAGGACCACCGCUUUCGACCGUUUCUACACUCCUCCGCUUUUCCGAAAACUGCAUCCAGACCACCGGAAAAAGUUCAAUUCUGACUCGGUCCAACCGGAUUUGCAAACCGCUUCUUACGAACCGGCAUUGUCCCCCACUGCCUGUCUCAGUAAUAUGGAUCGUCUUUUGGACGCAUUCACACCCUCCGUCCCUGCUCACUCGUUCCGCGAGCCUAAAAUGAAGGGACGCCGAACUGGUUACUCCAGUACCAACAAUAGCAGUGGACGCCUAUAUAUUGUGCUCGAGGAUCUGUGGGAAUCCUACAGAGAAUGGAGCGCCUACGGUGUAGAGGUGCCAGUAAGCCAUGACGGAGAGGAGGAGGCAAAAAUAUACUAUGCGCCCUCCCUCUCUGCAAUUCAGCUAUAUGCUCAGGGGUAG